UGAACAACAACUGUUGGCUACUACAAACGUAAACCAGACACCAUAUCUGAAAAAUCUGACUCUUACGGAAAGUGUAAGCAAACAGCGAGAUGGCAGAAAUAUACUUUACAAGUGAUCAAGUGGAGCAAGACAGCUGUGAACUGGAAGAGAUCAGUAGAAGACUUUAUCAAACUCUAGCUGGCUACAGAGAGAAGAAGGAGAUCCAUGACAAGCUGUUUGAACAUGCACUGAUAAUUGAGGAGCUGAUUAAUGAGGUUGAAGCUGAAAACAGGAGCUUAGCCAACAGGAAGAAAGGCCUACAUCAGCAGAAGGAACAAAUCAAGAAAAGGUGGGAGGAGGAGGAGAAAGAGGAGGAGGAUGAAGCUCUGCAACAGGAGAUGCUGGCUGAGGAGGAAAACAGUCAAAUGGCCCAGCUAAUAUGGAAGAUGGAAGAACAGAAUGCGAAUCAGUGGUUGCAAAAUGAAGAGCUGUCUGCUAAGAUGGAAAAUCUCAAGAGAGAGCGAGAAGAGCACAAACUGAGCACACACAAGCAGGGAUUUCAGCACAAACUGGAUGAGGCGGCGGAAGCUCUACGUUGCAAGGACGAAGAAAUCGCGAGGCUUUCCCAGAUGAAGAUUCAGAAAAUGCAGCAGGAGCAAAUGAAAACCUUUGAGGUAUCUACCACGUGUAUGAUGAUGAUGAUGAUGAUGAUGAUGAUGAUGAUGAUGUAUGUCCUUGCUGUGGUCGUCACUGCCCCUUUCUGGUGUUUCAUCCGUCUCCUGCAGGAUCUCAAAAAGGAAAAACAUGAACUUGAAAACCAGCUCAGUGACUUUCAGGAGAAGCAGACAUUAGCUGCACUGAGACUUCUAAAGGAGUCUUUAAGAGAUCCGCUAGAUGCUUCCGCAACGGGCGCGGAGAAUGAGAGCAGUUGGCGCUGCUAUGUCGCAAACGGUCUGUGGAAAGGACUGGAGUUAUCAGGAGGUGUCGUCCUUGGCGCUGUCCUUUCUCUGGGCGUCUUGACCUCUGUGACUCCUGUCGUCAACUGCCCAGAUCCCACCUGCAGCCUUUGGGACAUUGUUUUCGAGGUGCUGGAGCCCUACAGUGAACUCAGUUACACAGGCGGUCCUGUUUAUUAGCGGGUCUGACUU